CUCCUUCCGCCGUCCUCCCGUCCGCAAUAUGUGGAAGGACCAGCCGCCCCCUCGCCCUCCUUCCCAUUCUCCCACAUUCUUUCACUCGCCCCACUUUCAGUCUCCGUUUCUCUAUCAUUCUAUCAUUCUAUCCCUGAGUGUUCAACCGCCGUUUAUCUCCUCAAUGCUCCAUGUCACUGGCCAGGCUUACUGUACUGGGGGUAACCCCACCUCUCUCCUUCUCCCCGACAUGCAUUUCCUUCGAGGUGUUGAUUCCGAAGGUAAGCGUACACUUCGCGGACCCUUUGAACCUUUUGUCUGAACUAAACCAAGCAAUUUUAAUUGGAGAACUACAUGAGCAAAAUCUUCUCGAGGUAUGUGCGACUCUUGCUCGCCACCACACUCAAGUUGAACGAUCGGGACUUGUAAGAAUUGAGGUCAGUGCGAAUGCUCCCGGGAUUUUAUGUUUCUACAAGGUUAUAGGUAUCUCAUCUCGCUGGGAAAUGCCACAGGAAGGUGAGGGAAAAAUAGGGGAACCAUGGUCGAGUUUGCAGCGUGUAUCAUCACCAACGCUUAACGAUGCAGAGACGAAGCCUGCAACUAAGCCGCGAGAUUUGGCAUUUGCACAUUCCUUCUCAUUCCUGUUCUCGUUCCCGUGGUCGUUGUUCCAAUCCUAGUUCGCGUUCUCGUCCUGGUCCUCCUUGUUCCCGUUCGCCUUCCCCUUCCCGUCCCCGUCCUCGUCCUCGACCUUCAGCUACGCUAGCCAAGCGGUACCCGCAAAUGUUCCGCUGUCGUUUUAGACGAAAAAUCUAUGAGAGGCGCCCGCUUCCCACGGCACGACCUGCUGGCACAACUUGCUACUCGCUUCAACCCUGUCGCAGGCGGCAGCUAGCCCACAGAAAACCACGCUAUAGGUAACAUCCCAGACCAUACCCGGUGCCGUCUUUUCCGGGCUUAGAGUGUGUGUUUUCUGUUGGCCUCUGGAAGCCUGAAGCCUGAGCAGUCUGGGGCAUCUGGAGAGUCUUGAGGG